AGGCGAGCCUCAUCUCCGUGUGGUUAUUGGAAGAAGCCCGUGUCACGUGACCAGGAACGUCAACGAUUCAAUGGCAGCCUACUGUUUUGUAAAUUAACACAAGGGACAGCUGCAUAAAAUACUGUUUUAAACGACAGAAUCGCAUUUCUAAGCAUCGCAUGUAGGUUUCAGCCAAUCCGUGAGUUCGGCCGUGCCUUUGUUGAGGCGAUUGGAUGACGCCCAUACUGGCAUCGAUGAAUAAAAACUACUCCAUCAAUAAUAUGGCUAUUUUUCAGAUAUCUCAUAGACCGCUGAAGACAACAUGGGCUCAGGUAACAGAGGUUUCCUGGAUCAUCACUGGUAAAGGCUCUGAGGUGAACGACAACCAGUGUACCAGUGUUGGGGACACGUUUAACCCCUUCAACAUGGAAGCUGGGAACUCCAGUUGUUCCCGUGACAACGCUCUGAGUUGUGAGGUGGGAGACCUGACGAACAGACAGGGGACAGUCAGCCUGACACACAGACAGCUGUACACCGACACCAGCAUACAACUGGCUGGGGACUACACAGUGGUCCACAGGUCCCUGGUCCUGAGGAGCGGCAGCGAUGUCUUCGCGUGUGCCGUCAUUCUUCCAGAAUCCCCCUGGGCAGAGCAGACCUUCCCCAACGUCAUGUCUUUCAGCAGAUAUGACUUCCGCAAUAGGGUGGCAGAGGUCCUAGAGGUGAACAUGUCCAGGGUCACCAUCCUUCCAGGGUCUCCUCUGACCACAGUGGACGGACCAUGCCAGAAAGUCAGCUUCCUUGUCUCAGGGGAGGUGAGUACGGACAAGAUGAACUCUAUCAAAGACAGUGAGAAGAUGGGCAUCUUCAAGCAGACAGAAGGUUGCUCAAGAAGUUCUGGACAACUGCUGGAGCCUGGGAGAUAUCUGGUGAUGUUGACGAUAGCUGCAGCCUACUUCCUACACUCUCUGAUCCAGCAGUAGUUUAUACUGUAGAUCUAGGUUUGCAUCCCAAAUGGCACCCUAUUCCCCAUAUAGUGCACUACUUCUGACCAGAGACUUUUAAAACAUUUUAUUUUUUAUUUCACCUUUAUUUAACCAGGUUUGCCAGUUGA